AUGAGUUUUGUUUCAGUGGCAGUUACUGAAAUGAACAGAAUACUUCCCGGUUCAAGUGUUAUUAGAAUAGCUGUUACUUGCACCAGAUCAAAAUACCAACUGGCAAACAGAUUCCAAAGAAGAUCACUAUCAUAUACAUCUCACUUAUAUAAAAUGGUAUCGAACCAAGAAGGUUGGAAUCCAAAUUUGACUCCAGAACAACUAAAUGUAUUAAAAGAUAAAGGUACAGAAAGACCUGGGACAGGUAUAUAUCUAAGUGUCAAAGAGAAAGGUGUAUAUCAUUGUGCAAACUGUGAUGCUCCGAUAUAUAGGAGCGAAACUAAAUUUGACUCCUCGUGUGGAUGGCCAGCCUUUAAUCAGGAGAUAUCAAACGAUGCCUUGACAUAUCAUGUAGAUAGCACAUUAGGAAUGGAACGUACUGAAAUAUGUUGUUCCAAAUGUGGAGGACACAUGGGUCAUGUAUUUAAAGGAGAAGGUUGGGAUAAACUCCUUGGUUUGCCGAAGGAUGAAAGACAUUGUGUGAACAGUUUGUCUCUUAAUUUCAAAAAAGAUUGA